AUGAAUAUUUUUUAGUAUUGAAUUUUAUUUUAUUUUAUAAAACAUAUUACAUCCAAAAACCUUUAUAAUGUAAAGAAAUUAAAUAACAAAAGGAUUGCGUCUAAGACUUUCAGUCAUAUUAGAAGUCGUCCUUAAUCAGGCAUUAUAUAUGAUACUAAAAAACUUGAAAAGGUGUCUCCAAAUGGGUUAAAGAUGCUUAUUCCUGGAGUAGGUGAAUAGAAUGAUUUAGAUAAAUUUGUAUUGAAACCAUCACCUAAUAAAUUUAGAACACUAUCUACAAGAAAAACUAAUUUAAUUAAUGAUAGUUCAGUUACGUAAAGUAAAACUAAUCAUACAGAAAUUGUAAAGUAAUUUUUUGAAAGUAUUUAUUUAGAAAUUCACCUGUUGUGUAAGACUUAAGUAAAAAAAUACCAGUUAAUAUGGCUAAAGAUAAAGUAAAUAAAUAAAUUUAUAAGAAUAGGAUGAUUUAUAUGCAGAAACUGUCUAUUUGAAAGAUAUUAUAAAUAAGUUAACUUAAGAAAAUUAUGAUCUAAAAGCAAAAAUGAGAUUUUUAAAUAAAAAUACUGAGCGAAUGUAAACAGUAGUUUAAAAUGUGGGAGGAUAUUUAUAAUAAAAAUAUGUUGCUGAUAAAUAGGAUUUAGCUUUAAUGACUAAAUUAGGAAUUAGUGAAGUAUUAAUUUAAAAUUAAAUUCAUAUAGAAUUUAUUAACUAUAACUUUAAAGAAGCAAAUAAAAGAGUUAAGAACAAUGAUUAAAUAAUAGAAUGAAGAAAUAUAAAAUUUGAAACAUGAUAUUAAAUAUACAAAAAUAUAAGAAUUAGAAAAAGAAAUUAAUGUAUAUUAAGAGGAAACUCUGAGAUUAAGAACAUUAUUAGAAUAAUCUUAAAGAAAUGAAUAGAUUUAUUAAAUGACUCAUGAUUUUAAUUAAUUUGAAGAGAAAUUUUACAUUUAAAUGCAAAUCAUAAAUUCUCUUAAAUAAGAAAAUUCAUUUUAUUAAGGUCAAAUUUCAAUUGAAUAAGAAGAAAAGUUUAAACUUUAAAAUCAAAUAGAUACAGAUUAAAAGGUUCUAAAUAAAUAAAAAUAAGUGAUUGAUGAUUUAUAAUAGACUCUUAAAGAUAAAUUAGCUUAUAUUGAUGGACUUUAAGAAGAAUUGGAUGCAUAUAAAGAUACAAAUUAGAAUCUUAUAUAAAAAGCAAAUAAAUUAGAUAAUAAUCAAUUAAGAAUAAUAGGAUUAGUUAAAAUUGAAUAGGAAUUAAGAAAAGAAUUAUAAUAGAAAACAAGAGAUAUAGAAUAUUUAGAUAAAACAACAACAGAAUUGAAAUAAAAAUUAAAUGAAAAAUCAUCAAUGGAAGCAAAAAUUAAAGAUUAAUUAUAAGAAGAAUUAAAAAAACUUAAGUUAGCUUAUGAAGAAUUAGAUGAAAAAUAUAAACAUUUAUUACUUAUUAAUGCUUAAUCUAGAUUAAAAGAAACAGUUCCAUCUAUUUAACAUAAAUUGGCUCCAACUGCUGCUACUCUUAAUAUAAAAACUUAGAGACCAUUAAAUUAAAAUAAUACUCCAGAUAGUAUUAAUCAAGAUAAAAAUUAAUAGUAAUAAAAAUUUAAGGUUAUUAAAAAAGAUGAUGUAGAACAUUUAGGAUUAGAAUUAAAUUAUAGAUUAAGAACUAAAAAGAUUACAUUACCAGAUGCCAUUGAAAGAUAUUUAUUUGACAAUAAAAAUAAAAAGACUGGAGAAAUUAAAUUAAAAGAGAUAUCAGAAAGAUUAUAAAGAGAACCAUUUUUAUUAAUUGAUGAAGAUUCUGCUUUAUUAGUUGCACGAUAUCUUACAGAAGAUAAUUCUUAAGAAUUUGUUGUUUAUAAUGAUUAAUUGACUUAAUCUACAACAAUUGUAAGGAGUAUUUUGUAAAAGUUGGUUGGAAACUUUGAAAUCAUGACUGUUGAAAUUGAAACUUAAAAAACAAAGGAAAUAACUUAAGUAUAUAUAUAUAUUAAGAUUAUAAGGUUAUUAGUAAAUACAAAAAUAGUUUGAAAUAAUAUUUCGAUUAAUUACCAAGUAAAUAUGAAGGAUUAUUAGAGAGAAAAUAAAUAAUUGAAACAUUUGAAUAUAUGGAUAUAGAUUUAACAACUGAACAAUAUGAUUUCCUAUUUUUAAGAUUAUUUUCUUAUUCUAAUAAUACAUAAAUAUUUCCUUAUAUAAGAAUAUUUGAAAUCUUUUAAGAAAUAUAAAUAGAGAGAAGUAAAUAUUAAUUUAUUAAUAUAUAGUUGAUAGUGAUAAGAAGAAGAAGUCAAGAAAAAAAGAUUUUAAAGAUUAAGUAGAUAAUAAAAAUAAGAAAGUGGAAAUAUUUACAAGAAGAUAAUCUAUGGAACUAGCAAAUUGA